AAGUGGAAGAUAUGUAGAAGCUGAAAAAGAUACAGAAAAUUACGAAGGAAAUGGAGACGAGGCUUUUCUUUCUCUUCUUCUUCUUCUCGCUCUUCCUCUCUUAUAGCCUCGGCGCGCUGGCCGGUGGAAGACGGAAUCCGGCGAACCCUAAAGCCAAUAUCUUCAACGUUAGGAAGUUCGGCGCCCGCGGAAAUGGACGGACUGACGAUAGCAAGGCAUUCAUGAAAGCAUGGAAGGUUGCUUGCGCAUCCACAGGUGCAGUCAAGCUCGAGAUACCCACUGGAACUUAUUUCGUCGGGCCUCUAAGGUUCAACGGGCCUUGCAUAAAUGUCAGCUCCCUUACAGUCCAAAUGCAGGCCACCUUGACGGCAACAACAGACCUGAGCAAGUUCAAAAGUCCUCAUUGGGUCGAGUUUGGGUGGGUCGACGGGCUAAUUCUGACCGGCGGUAUCUUUGAUGGCCAAGGAGCAGUUUCUUGGCCUUUCAACAAAUGCCCCACACAAAUGGAUUGCAAAGUUCUUCCUACAAAUAUUUUGUUCGUGAACACGACAAAUACAGUUGCGACGGGCAUAACAUCAAUCAACAGUAAAUUCUUCCACAUUGGCAUUUUGAGCUGCACGAAUUUUAAAGGGACCAACUUUAAGAUUAGGGCACCGAAAAAUAGCCCUAACACUGACGGAAUCCACUUGGAGCGCAACUCGGGUGUGACUUUGUCACAUUUGACUAUAGGAACUGGCGAUGACUGUGUCUCUAUUGGUCAGGGAAACUCCGAUGUUACCCUACGCAACAUCAAAUGUGGUCCGGGUCAUGGGAUCAGUGUUGGGAGCCUAGGGAGAUACAAGGGUGAAGGUGAUGUUACAGGCCUAUUAGUUAAAAACUGCACCAUUACUGGCACAACAAAUGGGCUAAGAAUAAAGACAUGGCAAAAUUCACCGAGCCCAAGCAUCGCAACCAACUUGACAUUUGACAAUAUUAUCAUGAACAACGUGGAUAGGCCUAUUGUCAUAGAUCAAGAGUACUGCCCCUAUGCCAAAUGUGAUUCUUCUGCUCCAUCUCGAGUGAAGAUAAGCGGCAUAAAAUUUAAGAACAUAAGGGGCACAUCAAUGAAUCCAGAGGCAGUGACUCUGCUCUGCAGUCAAAGAAUGCCGUGCAAGGAUGUGAGUCUACAAGAUGUGAGUCUAAGGUAUGUGGGUGGAGGGGGUGGGGCCACAGCCAUCCUUAAUUCCACGUGUCAAAAUGUAAAGCCAACAUUCAGUGGGACCCAAGAUCCCCCACCUUGUCAGUAG